AUGGUCCAGAUCAGCGAGGUCAAGGGCAACAAGCGCGACAACCGGACGGCCGCCCACACGCACAUCAAAGGCCUCGGCCUGAAGCCCAAUGGACACGCAGAAACGCAAGCUGGUGGCUUUGUCGGCCAGGCGCCCGCUCGAGAAUCAUGCGGCGUCGUCGUCGACCUCAUUCGGGCGCACAAGAUGGCUGGCCGAGGCGUCUUGCUGGCCGGUGGACCGGGAACCGGCAAGACUGCUCUCGCCCUCGCCAUCAGCCAGGAGCUGGGCACCAAGAUACCUUUUUGCCCUAUCGUCGGCAGCGAGAUCUACUCGACAGAGGUCAAGAAGACAGAGAUGCUGAUGGAGAACUUCCGGAGGGCCAUUGGCCUCAAGGUCCGGGAGACCAAGGAGGUGUACGAGGGCGAGGUGACGGAGCUGACGCCAGAGGAGGCCGAGAACCCGCUGGGCGGCUACGGCAAGACCAUCAGCACGCUCCUCAUCGGGCUGAAGAGCGCCAAGGGCCAGAAGAAGCUCCGGCUGGACCCCAGCAUCUACGAGGCGAUCCAGAAGGAGCGCGUGACGGUCGGCGACGUCAUCUACAUCGAGGCCAACACGGGCGCGUGCAAGCGAGUCGGCCGCUCAGACGCCUACGCCACCGAGUUUGACCUCGAGGCCGAGGAAUACGUGCCCAUCCCCAAGGGCGAGGUGCACAAGAAGAAGGAGAUUGUGCAGGACGUGACGCUGCACGACCUGGACGUUGCCAACGCGAGGCCCGAGGGCGGCCAGGACAUCAUGAGCAUGAUGGGCCAGCUCAUGAAGCCCAAGAUGACGGAGAUUACCGAGAAGCUGCGGACCGAGAUCAACAAGGUGGUGAGCAAAUACAUCGACCAAGGCGUGGCCGAGCUGGUGCCGGGAGUCUUGUUCAUCGACGAGGCGCACAUGCUCGACGUGGAGUGCUUCACGUACCUCAACCGAGCGCUGGAAUCACCGAUAGCCCCAAUAGUGGUGCUGGCGUCGAACCGCGGAAUGUGUACAAUAAGAGGCACCGACGACAUUGUCGCAGCGCACGGCAUUCCUACCGACUUCCUGGCCCGGCUGCUCAUCGUGCCGACGGCGCCCUACCAGGCCGAGGAGAUCAAGAAGAUUGUGCGAGUGCGGGCGUCGACUGAGGGCGUUGCCAUCAACGAUGCGGCCAUUGACAAGAUUUCCGACCACGGAGUCCGCAUCAGCCUGCGGUAUUGCCUGCAGUUGCUGACGCCAGCGAGUAUCCUUGCGAAGGCCAACGGCCGCUCCCAGAUUGAUGUCGAGGACGUGGCUGAGUGCGAGGACCUGUUCCUCGACGCCCGUCGGAGCGCGUCGCUGCUCAGCGGGGAGGCUGGGAAGGGCUACAUUGCGUAG